AUGGAUGACCCGUCCAGCCCAACGAUCCACCGGGUGUCUGGUGCGACCCCUUACCCGGACCCUAACAAGCCAGGCUUGCCCGCGAGCAUCGCCCCGCGCCAGGUGACCUUGCGGGAUCGUCAGACCAUUGCGACUAUUGUGCCAUUCAUCUCACGAGAUCAGGUGCCUGCUUCGUUGCUGGCGUACCUCUCUGACCAGUUCGCCAAAGAGAUCGAGGGCGGGGAUACCUACCCGAUGAUAGACCCCAUGCCACUCGAGAAGUUCUCUGCCUACUGGUUUCAGAACUUUGCGGGAAUCAUGCUCAUCGGCCAGGUCGACAGCGCCGACGAGGUCGCCGAAGACAAGGACUGGUCUCGCGAGUGCCUCGGCAGCUUCUACAUCAAGCCCAACUACCCUGGCCGCAGCAGCCACGUCUGCAAUGCCGGAUUUCUGGUCACGGAUGCCGCGCGCAACCGUGGCGUCGGCCGGCUCAUGGGCGAGACCUACCUGGACUGGGCACCGAAGCUGGGCUACACAUACUCCGUGUUCAACCUCGUGUACGAGACCAACGUGGCAUCGUGCAAGAUCUGGGACGCCCUGGGCUUCAAGCGGAUCGGGCGGGUCAAGGGGUGCGGCGACCUAAAGUCGUACGCGGACCGGCUCAUCGAUGCCAUCAUAUAUGGCCGGGACCUAGGCGCUGGCGCCGAGGUCGCCGGCGACACCCUUCUCGUGAGUGAAGAGCGUUUCGACAAGAUCAAGUUCUACCUGAAGUACGGGCGAUACCCUGAUGGAUCUGACCGCGCCGAGAAAAGCAGGCUCCGCAGCGCGGCGACGCACUAUAAGCUGCUCGACAACGACGUGCUGAUGCUCAAGGACAAGGAGGUCAUCAGCGACCCGGCGCGGCAGAUGGCCAUCGCGCGGCAAAUACACGAGGUGGGGAACCACGCCGGCAUUAACAAGACCACGGCUGUCAUCGCCGAGAAGCACCAUUGGAGCCGCAUCAAGGAGACGGUGUCGGAUGUAAUUAGGACUUGUGACCAGUGCAAGGAGUUGGGCAAGAUGGCCUCUUCUUCUUCAGCCAUCCAGAAUCAAAACCAGACCCAGAACUUCAACGCCUCGCGGCGCUUCGCCAGCGUGAAUGAGACCCGAGGCAUGUCUGUCAGUCCCGCUCCGCCGAACAUGUCUGCGGCCUCGCCAGAUCCAAGAUCCGGAGACGUCGAAGACAAAGGCAGGAUCCUCGGCUUGCAGCACCACCCUAUGCAUCAACACCAUCAUCCUCCGCAUCACCACGAGAUGCCAUCUGCACUAGGAGGGCCACCUAACCCCUAUGCGAACCCAAGUGACAUUUCCAUUCUGCUCAACCCACCACUCCAGACACCGUCGAGUCCAGGCCUACACGAUCGGCACCUUCACCAUCCCAUGCUGCAGGAUCACAUGCACCACGACUCGGCCGCAGAGAC